CUUCCUUCUUUCCAGUCUUGUAAUCAGCCUCCCCUGCCAAAGAGGACUCUCAUUAUAGUUGUCUCCAAAUUCACACCUAUAUCAACCUUCGUUGAUUGCACUAAGUUGUCUAUUGAGUCUCAUCGUUAUCGAAGAUCUUCUAGCACCCAGCUUGUGCUAUCUCGACAUCAUGAGUGAUGCUCUCUGUGGCCCGUCUAAUGCUCUUCAAAACUUCCAGAAGCAUGCCUCCAUUGACCGGACACUGCAACAGGACAGAUUAGUUUCGCGACAGUCGCAUUCUCAGGGCUUUCGGUCACAAAAUCCCAACGAAGGUAUCCUGGAUCCCGAGUUCACUGCGUUCGAAUCCAAUAUAACAGGAGCACCGCUUCCCGAUUUACAACACCCGGCCCAUUUCGCUACGCCUCCCCAUUUCGCGGUACAUAACCAAGUAGAGAAGCACAAGUGGGCAGCAGACUUUGAGAGGCUACAGAUUUCCGGCUCUUCGCCUUUAGCUCAUCAACAAGCGGGCCCAGCCUCAGCCUCAGCGUCGAACCUUGCACAACAUGGCUGGCGAAAUGAUUUUCUAGCCCAGCAGGCGCAACCUAGUCCUACCCAGCAACACCAACCUUUGGCUCAAGGGUUCCAACCUUUCUUUACGCCUAGCUAUCCUAUACACGGGGCUGCAGUGAGUGCUUUACCGUCAGCACAAGACCUGACAGCUAGCCAGCUACCAUCCACUGAAGCUUUCGAUGAGUCUGCCUUUGAAGCUGCGUUUGAACAAGCCAAGGCGGAUUUAGCGUCACAGACGGCUGAUCACGCACAAAAGCUUACCAAUGAGGCUACUAAUCCGGAUACAACUGCUACUCCUCACGUUGAAGCCAUCAGGAUUGGUUCAGACACCAUACCUCAGACUGAAAAGGAUGACGCUCGAGCACGUUACAAUGACUCCGACGAGCUUGCUCGAACAGCAGGACUGUUACUGGAAAAUGUCAGCCACGAUCAGAGCCAGAAAUUUCGGGAGAGCAACUUUCUUGCUUUGAUGCGCCGUAUCCGAGACCGCGAGGUUCAUAUCGAAGGCGAUGAGUUCCGUGAAGUCAGUACCAGUCCGUGAUCUCUAGAGUUUCGGCUGGCGUGGCACGAGCGCUGGUAUAUUUUAGUCUAUUUGUGCCGGCCUUUGUUCCUGCUAAUCAGAUCCCAGACUGUGCAGCCUCUACAUCCUGGUGGCAAGUAUUAUCCUGAAGGGAAAAC